GCCUGCUGUGUUGUCUCUGAACUCUUGGGUCUGAAGACUGUCCAGCUACAGUUGAUGUGACCCAUGGACCAAUGCCACUGAACACGAAGAUACCUCAGCACGGAGAAAAAGCCAACACUGCACAGCUGAGUGGAGGUCUCCACAAAAAGAGAAAGACCACUGAACAAGACUGAGGCUUUACCAGAAUUGAUCUCCGGGCAAGAGGAGGUCAGUUUGGGUCGGAGCAGCGGGGAGGGACAGGAGAGAGUGAGAGAGAGAGAGUGGAAGAGAGAGGCACAGAUACAGGUGGAGUUCAGACUGCCAGGCAAUAUGGAGAUGGAACAUUUGGGUGGAGGAAGCUCUAAACAGACUGGGAACCCUAACAGACUUUUAAAGGCAGCCCUGGCUGUGUCUGUCUGUCUCUGCUUGGCUCUGCUGAUAGCUGUCAUUGCCGUAUCACAGAAAGCAGGCCAGAAUGAGUACUGUUUAACUCAGGAAUGCAUUGAAGCAGCUGGUUCCAUCCUCAGUAAGAUGGACCAGUCUGUGGAUCCUUGUGAUGAUUUCUACCGGUACGCAUGUGGAGGCUGGCUCAAAGAAAACCCCAUUCCGGAAGAUUCCUCCAGUUACGGCAUUUACCCCUGGCUUAGACAGAACGUGGAUCUCAAACUUAAAGCACUCCUGGAGCAGCCGAUAGUUGAAGGAGACAUUGAAGCAGUGAAGAAAGCCAAAGUGCUCUACCGUUCAUGCAUGAAUGAGACUGCUCUGGAGGUGGUGGAUGCUAAGCCCCUGCUGAAAGUUUUAAGGCAAAAGGAGUUUCGUUGGCCGGUUCUGGGAGAUGCACUGGGUUCUGCGUGGAAGUGGGAGGAGUCCCAGUUUGACCUGCUGGAAACACUGGCGCAAAUCCGCACACAGCAUAGCAAAUCAGUGCUGGUACGCCUCUACGUCUCUCCCGACGACAAGAACUCCAACCAGUAUAUCAUCAAGCUGGAUCAAGCAUCUCUGUCUCUAUCCUCCAGAGAAAAUUAUAUCACCAACACUACUGAGGCACAGAUGUACAGAGAGGCUCUUCUCAGUUUAAUGGUGGAUAUAGCCAUCAUGCUUGGUGCCAAUGAACAGACUGCUGCAGAGCAGAUGAAAUCUGUGCUAGAUUUUGAGAUGAAACUGGCCCAGAUUGUGAUCCCGUUUGAGAACCGUACUAGUGAGAACAUGUACAACAGAUACAGUCUGUCCCGUCUACAGCGCACCGUGCCAGAGUUUAACUGGCUGAACUUUGUAAGGGCGGUGAUAGACACAGAGCUUUAUCCAGAUCUGUCCAUCUCCUCGUCAGAGCAAGUGAUUGUUCGAGCCCCUGAGUAUUUUAAGGACCUCUUCAGACUCAUUAACAGCACAGAGUCCAGGACAGUGGCAAACUAUGUAAUCUGGAGAGUUGUAUUUUCCAAGGUUACUACGCUCAGUAGACGCUUUCUCUACAGAUUCCUGGACUUUGCUCGGGUCACCACAGGGACAACCUCACUGACCCCCCGGUGGGACAAGUGUGUGAACUAUGUGGAGAAUACACUCAUCUAUGCCACAGGACGACUAUUUGUCGACGCUCACUUCCAGGAGGAUAAGAAACAUAUGAUGGAGGAGCUGAUAGAUGGCAUCCGCUGGGCAUUCAUCGACAUGCUAGAAAAGGAGAAUGACUGGAUGGAUGAGGGCACAAAGAAAAAAGCCAUAGAAAAGGCUCAUGCAGUCCUAGCAAAAGUGGGUUAUCCUGAAUUCAUUUUAAAUGAUACCUACAUCAAUGAGGACAUCAAACGGCUGUCAUUGUCGGAGAAGGAUUACUUUGGGAAUGUGAUGCAGACAUUGCGGUUUAUAGCACAGUCAGACAUUGGCUGGCUGAGGAAAACUGUCCCCCGCACAGAAUGGUUCACAAAUCCAACGACUGUCAAUGCCUUCUACAGCUCAUCCACCAACCAGAUCAGGUUCCCUGCUGGAGAGCUUCAGAAACCCUUCUUUUGGGGACUGGACUACCCACGAUCUCUAAGCUACGGCGCUAUUGGUGUUAUUGUUGGACAUGAGCUGACCCAUGGUUUUGAUAACUAUGGCAGAAAAUAUGAUAAAGAUGGUAACCUCGAUCAGUGGUGGAGCAAUACAUCAAUAGCCCGCUUUAAUGACAAGACCCAGUGCAUGAUCGACCAAUACAAUAGCUACCACUGGAAAGAGGCGGGACUAAAUGUCAGGGGAAAAAGGACUCUGUCAGAAAACAUUGCAGAUAAUGGGGGAAUGCGGGAAUCUUUCAGGGCAUACAGGAGAUGGAUAGAGAAGGAGAGAUCAGGUGUUGAAGAGCCUUUGUUACCUGGACUGGGUUUAACCAAUAAUCAACUUUUUUUCCUGAGCUACGCACAUGUACGCUGUAACUCUUACAGACCAGAGGCAGCUCGGGACCAAAUUCAGAGUGGAGCUCACAGUCCACCUAAAUACAGGGUUAUCGGAGCGAUGAGCAACUAUGAAGAGUUCAGCCGUGCCUUUAACUGCCCGGAGAUGUCAGUCAUGAACAGGGGGGCGGAGUCAUGUCGGGUGUGGUAAUGUGUUUUGGUGCGAAAGAGGACUUGGACAGAUAUGAAUACUGAUUUGAAUGAGGUGAAAACACAAUCAGCCAGAAGUCACUCUAUCCAAACCACCAAAAGAGCAGUGACUGACAUGUAACUCUCUGGACCACACUGUGUAUGGUUUCACAUCACUGGAAUGAAGACCUACAGACACACUGCAACUAUGAUUGUCCUCAAAGCAGGC